GAUCCGAUUACCUAAUAAGAGAGAACUACCAAUUUGUUAUUUUACUUAUAUCUGAGCAAUUCUAGAAAAAAAUGGCUGUAAGCUUUGUUCAAAAGCGUUUCAUGUCUAGUGCAUUACAAAAAUGGGCGUACAAUCUGUCUGGUUUUAACAAAUAUGGUCUUUGGAGAGAUGACAUCCUGUAUGAAAAUGAAGAUGUUGCAGAGGCUCUAAAAAGGCUUCCUGAGAAAAUUAAGGAUGAAAGAAACUACCGGAUCCUCAGAGCCGUCCAACUUUCACUCACCCACAGUUAUCUACCUAAAGAGAAGUGGACGAAACUUGAAGAAGACAAAUUAUACCUAACUCCCAUCGUCGAGCAGGUAAUCAAGGAGAAAGAAGAACGUGAAGAAUGGAACAAGAAUUAUUAGACAAAUAUGUAAUGGAUUAAGUAGUUGUAAAUAUAACUUAUUGAGUUAAAUGUGUUUAAAAUUUGUAAAUACUAUAUAGUAUACCGCACAUCAUGAAGAAAACCAUAUUAAGUAAUAACUUGUAAUUUUUGUGCCUUAUUUAGAAACAACACUCUCUAGGGGUCUACUUUUACACAAUAA